GGGCCGGGGCGGGCGCGGGGCGGGUCGGCGCCUUUGUGUGAGCCGGGCCGGGAUGGUGCGGGGCGCCUGGCGGAGCCCCUUGCCCUGCCAGUUCCUGCUCCCGCCUCGGAUGAAAGCGUGAAGGCCGAGCUGACCAGGAGAAAGGACUCUUUAAGCAGCUGCUAAGAUGGGCAUGAGGAUCAAGCUGCACAGCACCAACCACCCCAACAACCUGCUGAAGGAACUCAACAAGUGCCGCCUCUCCGAGACCAUGUGUGACGUCACCAUCCUGGUGGGCUCCCGCUCCUUCGCCGCGCACAAGGCCGUGCUGGCCUGUGCUGCUGGCUACUUCCAGAACCUCUUCCUCAACACUGGGCUGGACGCUGCCAGGACCUACGUGGUGGAUUUCAUCACGCCAGCCAACUUUGAGAAGAUCCUGAGCUUUGUGUACACCUCGGAGCUCUUCACCGACCUCAUCAACGUGGGGGUUAUCUACGAGGUGGCGGAGCGGCUGGGCAUGGAGGAUCUGCUGCAGGCUUGUCACUCCACCUUCCCCGACCUGGAGAGCUCGGCCAUCACCAAGCAGCCUGCUCUGUCUGUGGGGGAAGGCAGGGCUGGGGUGCUGAGCAGCACCUCCUCGGAGCAGAGCCACUCUUUGGGGGACAUGCGGAGCGGCGCGGAGCACUUCGGCCCCGAGCGGAAUUACCUCCUGCACGGGGACGUGGUGGGCAGCUACAAAGAGGAUGACAGGAGUGCUGUGGGUGAGGCCAGCCAGGCUCUUCCCCUGAUGCACCCACAGCAGCCUCCCAAGACAGAGCAGGAGUCAGAUCCUGGGCAGUUCGCUCCGGUCGCAGGUCUGGGGGCCCAGCCUGGUGGGAAUGUCGUGGCCCAGACCACUGGCAGCUCCUGCCCUCAGUACAAGGCCCAGAGCAAUGGUGACUAUGGCAAGGGUGGCUUCUUCCCCACUGACCCCUCCCUGGAUGUCUCCACAGGGAGCAAUUCCUGCCCCAGCAACAGCGACCACUCCAAAGAGCAGGGAUUCGAGCAGAUGGAUGAGCUCCAGCUGGAGGAUUUGGGAGAGGCUGAGCUGCAUUUUGAGGAUGCUGGAGAAGAGCUGGUCCCGUCUGAGGAAGUGAUUGAGCUGAGUGAUGACAGCGAGGAGGAGCUGGCCUUCGAGAGCGACAGCCGGGACAGCAAGGCCAUGCCCUGCCAGGUGUGCAAGAAGGUGCUGGAACCCAACAUCCAGCUGAUCCGCCAGCACGCCAGGGACCACGUGGACCUGCUGACAGGGAACUGCAAGGUCUGUGAGACCCACUUCCAGGACCGUAACUCCAGGGUGACUCACGUGCUGUCCCACAUCGGCAUCUUCCUCUUCUCCUGCGACAUGUGCGAGACCAAGUUCUUCACCCAGUGGCAGCUGACGCUGCACCGGCGGGACGGGGUCUUCGACAACAACGUCAUUGUCCACCCCAGCGACCCCCUGCCGGGGAAGGUGGCUGGUUUUGGGGGAGGGCCCAGCCCCGAGCUGGCCUGUGCUGCUUGCGGGAAGCCCUUGGCCAAAGAUUUCCACACGGUGCGGAACCACCUGCUGGAGCACGUGAACCUGAAGAGCCAAACGUGCGGCGUGUGCGACCAGCGGCACCUGAGCCUCUGCAGCCUGCUCUGGCACGCCCUGUCCCACCUGGGCAUCUCCGUCUUCUCCUGCUCCGUGUGUGCCAGCAGCUUCGUGGACAGGCAGCUCCUGGAGAAGCACCUGGCCGUGCACCAGCACGUGGAGGAGGCUCUUUUCCAGUGCCACUUCUGCAGCCAGAGCUUCAAGCUGGAAGCCGCUUAUCGCUACCACGUCAGCCAGCACAAGUGCGGGGGCAACCUGGACAUCCGGGCGGGCUUCGGGGAGCGCCUGCAGCCCCAAGGGCUGCCCAAGAGGAAGCUGCCUGAGGAGUUCCUGAGCGAGGAGCUGGCUCUGCAGAACCAGCCAGGGAACAGCAAGUACAGCUGCAAGGUGUGCGGCAAGAGGUUUGCCCACACCAGCGAGUUCAACUACCACCGGCGCAUCCACACCGGGGAGAAGCCGUACCAGUGCAAGGUGUGCCACAAGUUCUUCCGAGGGCGUUCCACCAUCAAGUGUCACCUGAGGACACACUCGGGGGCCCUGAUGUAUCGCUGCACGGUGUGUGGCCACUACAGCUCCACGCUCAACCUGAUGAGCAAGCACAUAGGGGUGCACAAGGGCAGCCUCCCGCCGGACUUCACCAUCGAGCAGACUUUCAUGUACAUCAUCCAUUCCAAAGAGGCUGAGAAAAACACGGAUAGCUGAUGGGGAGCUGCUGGAGGAGGAGUGGUAGUGAUGGAGGCUGUGGAGGAGGAAAAGAAAAGGAAAAAAAAAAAACAAACCCAAGUUGUUUUAUUUAAUGGUCAGGCAUCAUGGAUGGAAUUAUUUUUUGGUUUUGGUUUGAUUUUUUUUUUUUUUUAAUUCUUUUUGGGCCUUCCUAGGGCUUUUUAGAUUGGUGGCGUUGUACAAAUUACCGGCACGUGAGGUACAUCACUGUUUCAAGGAGUCUGUCGUGUUUACUUACCUCUGGUCCUGUUAGAGGCCAUCUGUGCUUUUAGCAUUUCUCACUAGUUUUUGAGUCUAGAUUCUAUUUUUUUUUUUUUUUGAACCUUUUAGCCCACUUGACCAGGCUAACCCUGAGCUUGUCCACAAACUGAUGCUGCUAAGAUUUUCACACCUGACCUCAGUGGAGAGGGACAGAGCCAGAGCAGGCGCUGGACUCGGAAGGAAAGGAACAAAAGAGAAAGAAAAAAAAGGAAAGAAAAAGACAUUCUGGGCAUCCCUGGUGCUCUGCUGCUACUGCCAGGAGACGGGCAGAGUGUGCUCUGGGGAGAGGAGCAGGAAGCACCUGAGUGUGUAAAGGAGGAGGGAACCGGGAGCAGGGGAUUCCCACAUUCCCUGUUGGCUCUGCCGUGCCCUGAGACCUGGAGGAGGAGCUGCAGGAGCCCCAGGACCUCCCUGCAGAGCCUGGGUGCAGGUGGCUGUGUGAGCACCGAGAUCUCCUGUAGGAUUGGAGAGGGAGGGGAAGCUCCCUGCUCCUUGUGGGGUGAUUUGUGGUGGCCACAGAGAGCCAGGAGUGUCCUGGCUCUGCUCUGCCCCAGCCUCACGCUGUGCCCUGGGCAGGUGGGUCAGGAUGAAGCUGUUGCCUUAACUCCCUGGAAGGAGGAGGGGGGAGCCUUCUCCUGCCCAAGGGAUCCCCCCUCCCACCCCCUGGAUGUGUUCCCGUGGCAAAGCUGGGUGGUUGGAGUGAUGUGAGUUUGUUCAUGGAGCCACAGCCGUGGCUCGGCCUCUCCAGCUGCAUGCUGGGCACUUCUGGGGGGCUCCCCUGGCUGUGGGGGGCUCCCCUGGGCAUGGAGGGGCUCCCCUGGCUGUGGGGGGCUCUCUUGGGAAUUGAGGGGCUCUCCUGAGCAUGGAGGGGCUCUCCUGGGCAUGGAGUGGGCAUGGAGGGGCUCCCCUGGGGGUGGGGGGCUCUCCUGGGCAUGGAGGGGCUCUCCUGGCUGUGGGGGGCUCCCCUGGGCAUGGAGGGGCUCUCCUGGGCAUGGAGGGGUUUUCCUGGGCAUGGAGGGGCUCUCCUGGGCUUGGGCAGCUCUCCUGAGUGUGGGGGGCUCUCCUGGGCAUGGGGGGGCUCUCCUGGCUGUGGGGGGCUCUCCUGAGUGUGGGGGGCUCUCCUGGGCAUGGAGGGGCUCUCCCCCUCUACAUUUCAGUGCCCCUUGGUGCAGGAGGCUCUCCUGGGCAUGGGGAGCUCUCCUGGACCUGUGUCAGGUCCACUUCAGCAUGGGGGGGGGUCUCUCCUGGCCCCUCCUGGGGGUCCUCCUGGCCCCUCCUGGGGGUCCUUCCUGGUCCCUCCUGGGGGUCCCUCCUGGCCCCUCCUGGGGGUCUCUCCUGGCCCCUCCUGGGGGUCUCUCCUGGCCACCCCAGUGAGCUGAGCUGUUGCCAGCAGUGUUAACCCUGGGAAGGGCAUGGCUUGGCUUCUCCCUGUUGUUAUCCAGCUGUGGGGCAGAGGUGGGGGAGGAACAGCUCCUUCCAAGCUGGGAUUGCCCUCGGGUAACUCGUUCUACCUCACAAACAAAGGAGUGCUGGGGGCUCUCCAGCCUGGCUGGUCCUGGAUCGGCUCCUGCACUUCUGACAAGUUUUGCUGUUACAAAACUAAAAACUAAAAAAAAACCUGAAACUAAAACUAAACUAAACUAAACUAAACUAGUGAUUUACAAACCCUGUGAACUCACCCUGCUGCCCCUCCCUGGGAAGGGACACAGGGAAGGGACACCCAGGGAAGGGACACCCAGGAAGGGCCAUCCUGCAGUGGGGGCUGAGCUCAGAGAGCUCAGAGCACCCCGGGGUCUCUGUCCCAGCUCUGCCAUGGCCUUGGGCGAGUCACUUCACCUCUUUGCCUCAGUUUCCUCAUCUGUAAAAUGAGGGUGGUACCUCCCGUGGUACCGAGCUACCUCCGGGAGCGGGGAGGGUGCUGGAGCCUGGGUUGGGAGGAGGGGAGGGAGGCACCAGAGCCAAGGUCAUCUCUGGGUUGGCCUGGCUGCUGCAGCUCUGAGUUCUGAACUCCAGCCUCGUGGUCCUGGCAUCACUGUGUGGAGCUGUGUCAGGUUUUACAAGAGAAAGGGGAAUUUUGGGGAGUGGUGUGGUGCUCUGGGCAGUGGUGGGGCUUUGCUGUGGGCUCCUCUGAGCUGCUCUCUGGGUUCCUGGGUUCCUGUCGUGGGAUUGUGGGGUGGAUGAGGCUGGAAGGGACCAUUGGGGGUCACCCAGUCCCACCCCCCUGCUCGUGCAGGGUCCCCUCGGGCGUGGAACUCAGGGCUGGGGACAGGGACAGGGACAGGGACAGGGACAGGGGUGGACACGACCUGCACUGCUCUGGAGGUGGCUGUCAAGGGUGUGAGGGAUAGACUGGGAGAGCCUUGAGACCCUCCUGGAAUGUUCCAGAAGCCGUGGUGAGCUUCAGGGAGGGUCUGCAGCCCUGGAUCUCGCUAAGCUGAAAAGCAAAAAGCCUUUUGUGCACAUAAACCAAAAAAGGGAAGUUUUUACACCCAAACACCAAGGGGCACCAGGAGCCAGCCCUUGCUCCCACCUGGGGGUGGGGGAAAGCAGGAGCCCCCCCAUUGCUGCUGGCUCUGCUCCAGGGAAUUCCUGGAUCCUUCCCACCUGGAACACCCCAAAUCUGCAGUGGAGGGGCUGCAGGGAUGGGUCUGACCCUGCUGCUGCUCCUGGGGGUGAUUCCCCGAGGGGUCAGAGACCUGAGGGGGGUCCUGGCUGUUCCUGAGCCUUUGGGGUGGGCAGGGAUGUCCCCCCAGCCUGCCUGGCAGCUCCAGUUCAGCGUUGGGAGAGCCAAAAUCCAUUUGGAUUUCAUUCCUUCUCCACCACCGUGGGCAAGCCUGGCUCUCUGCUGUCCCCACUGCCCUUGGUGACCCUGGGGACACCAACCUACCUCCCCUGGGGCAGCCUGAGCUGUUUGCAAAGUGCUUUGGGGUCCUGGGCUAGGAGAGGGGGUGGCAGAGGGGAAAUCCUGGCAGCAUCCAGGUCACGGAGCCUCUCUGAGGGCCCCGCUCUGAGCCCAGGCUCACUCCCACCCCAACCACAAAAUUCACUUUUCCCCCUUCUCAGUGGCUCCAGCUGAGCAAUUGAGCAGAAGAAGAAGAAGAGAGAACAAGAGUUGAAUUUGCUGUCUAACCUUUUUGUUAAGUGUAGGUACUGACCUCCUGCUAUUUAAGUGUUUACUAUCUAUUUGCUGUAAAGUUUUGUAUAUUUUGUAAACUUUCCCCCCCUCCCCCCUUCCCCCAAUGGUAGAUGUCUAAAAUCGUUGUACAUCGGGUUCUUUUCUACUCCAUUGUCCAGCACAAAGUGUGGUUUUUUAUUUAGAAUAAUAAAAUGGAAAACAUUGACCUCUUG